AUGGAAAAGACACGCAAACUCAUAGACCUCGCCAGCGAGGCAAAACGGCUAAAAAUCAUAUGGAUGCCUGACCUGGAGUACAAUUCGUUCGACAUCAGAUACUGUGAGAACGAGGCGCCCGCUCGCCUGUCGGAGGACAGGUUGACAUACACGGGAUCCACCAUGUGGUGCACAGCGCUCAGCAGGGGCUGUGCCACGACGGGAAAUUGGUACUUCGAGUGCAAAAUCGAGGAACCAAACGCCGAGUGGAACGAGUUCAGGCUGCGCGGGUGGGACUCAGUCGGCACCGUAGGGGGCCUGCUCGAGUGCACUCCCCAGCUGAAGGACGCACUGAAGCCGUGUGUGCGUAUCGGUUUUGGCACACGCCUCUCCAGGUUCGACAGUCCCAUGGGCGUAAACGCUUUCGGCUGUGCUAUCAGUCAGAAUGGAGGCCAGAUCAUCCAUGAUGGGCAGGACGUCAGCGACCCAGACGACCAGGGGGUCGACCUCAACGUCGGAGAUAUCGUGGGAUGCGCCAUCAAGCUCAACCCGCCGACGGCAUCGCUACCUGACCCUAGGGGUAUCGCGGCGUUGUGGCCCUUCGUCCGAAAGGCGCUGCUCUGCGACGUCACCAAUAUCGAGACCAUGAGGGCAGCGAUGGUGCCGAACGUCGGAGCUGAGCUUAGGUUCUCCGUCAACGGGGUUUGGCGGAAAACCGUCGUCACUACGCUAUAUUGCGUGGAGUACCACCCAGGUGUUUCGACCUUCAUGGGUGGCUGCUGCACGCUCAACAUGGGGCCAGAGUUCACGUACGCGCCUCCGGACGACACAUACAAGCCCGCGAACGACAUGGGCAACUCGGUGUACCCGUGCAAGGAGGAGCUGCUACGCUUCUGGAUGCUGGGCGACACCUCAGUGCUCUCAGAGGGCGCAACUAUAAACAGGGAGUACUACAAGAGCAUACCUGCUGACGAGAUGACAGGAUAA